AAGUUCAAUAUUUAUGUCGACAUUAGUUUGUCUCACGACGCGUUCUUGUCUGGUCUUGUGCGCUCCAACGGUUUUUUUGUUUUCGGAAUUUGAAAAAUUUAAUGCUUAAUCAUGCCGCCGAAAAUUGAUCCAGAAACCCAAAGCCUCUACGAUGAGAUCAAUGGCAUGAUACAAAAGUUUAAGGAUGAUCAAAAAGCGAAGGCAGACUGCACACUGGCCGACAAAUGCGGCGACAUGGGCGAUGUGUCCAAGAUACGCUUCUCAUCGAAAAAGACUUUGAAGGGUCACAUCAAUAAGGUGAAUUCAGUUCAUUUUGCUGGCGAUUCACGUCACUGUGUGACCGGGUCACUGGAUGGCAAACUGAUCAUCUGGGACACCUGGACGGCCAACAAGGUGCAGAUUAUACCAUUGCGAUCCGCUUGGGUGAUGACCGUUGCCUUCUCGCCGUCGGGCAACUUUGUUGCAUGCGGUGGCAUGGACAAUCAGUGCACCGUCUACGAUGUGAACAAUCGCGAUGCAUCCGGAGUGGCCAAAAUGGUGCGCGAACUAAUUGGCUAUGAGGGUUUUCUCAGCUCAUGCCGUUUUCUCGAUGAUGGCCAUUUGAUAACCGGCUCGGGCGAUAUGAAAAUCUGUCACUGGGAUUUGGAGAAGGGCGUCAAGACGAUGGACUUUAAUGGACAUGCUGGCGAUAUUGCCGGUCUCUCAUUGUCGCCCGAUAUGAAAACGUAUAUAACCGGAUCCGUGGACAAAACUGCCAAAUUGUGGGAUGUACGCGAGCAGGGCCACAAGCAAAUGUUCUUCGGACACGAUAUGGAUGUAUCCUCUGUUUGUUAUCAUCCAAGCGGGUUUGGCUUCGCCUCCUGUUCGGAGGAUCAAACGGCACGCAUGUACGACUUGCGUGCGGAUCAACAAAUCGGACUCUACGAGCCGCCACAAAAAAAUACGGGCUUCACUUCGUGCGCCUUAUCGACCAGCGGUCGCUACUUAAUGUGCGGCGGCAUUGAGGGCAACGUGCACUCGUGGGACACAGCGAAGCAGAAGCAUACGGGCACGCUGUCUGGUCAUGAGAAUCGUGUAACUUGCAUCAGCCUGUGCCCCAAUGGCAUGUGUCUAGCCACGACCAGUUGGGAUCAGCAAGUGCGUUUGUGGCUCUAAUCGCACCACGCACUACGCUUUCUACUCUCUACACUCUUCACACUUGGUUCAAUAUACGUAGUCUAAUUGCAUAAUUUAUAGCUUAGUACGCUGAAUUAACAUUGACAUGAUAUUGCAAAUAAACUGCUUGAGGAAGCAUCACAAAAACUGAA